AGAGGAUAUUCGAGAACAAGUGAUGCGGGACAUAUCGUCAAUGCCAGCAUUCUCUCAACAAUAUCCAAAUUUCCCAAUUUGUUCUCCUAAUGCCACAAUACGUGCGAGCACGAAUGGGAGUUGUUCAGCAAUGCCAUAUAUACAAGAGGAUGAUGAGGAUAUCCCUGAAGAGUGUGAAUUAUAUGUUGAUAAGAAACUUCAUAUAGUGGCAUAUGCAAAUGUGUAUAAUUUAGGGCCUGCCAUACAUAAUUAGUUGUUAGAUAAUGAUAUGGCAAGGGUGGCGGUAACAAAGGUGCUCGAUUCAAAUGUUCAAGUCCCGGUGCCCACGGAUGAGGUGACAAAGGUUGGGGAGGCCCUCAACACUUUCAUUCAAUGGCCGAAAAGACUUUUACGUCUUGUAACUAAUAAGGAUGUUGACGGAAAUAAAAAAUAUCUCCUUCCAUCUAAAAGGCCAGAACCUGAAAACACCGGUGCUGAAAAAUUGAUGUUAAGGAUAAUGUCACGGAAAGAUGAUGUGAAGUUCAAGUUGGAAGGGGAUAAUUUUUUUAUGUCCCAAUCAAAGAUAUUAUGGAGUUGUGUAUGAAGACACAAGAUUUACGCAUCUCUAUUCUACGUAUAUGGGUGGUGUAUAUAAAACACCUUUGUACUCGGUUGGACAAGAGUAAUAUGUAUGGUUUCAUUGAUCCAAAUUUCAUUCAAACACAAAACGAUCGAGCUAGUUCUCAGUCUCACAUAAUUGAAAAGCUGCUUGAGAAUGACAAAGACUGCUUUUUUGUACCAUACAUCAACAAUCAUCAUUGGCAAUUGCUCAUUAUUGAGCCAAAAAAGCAAAAUGUAGUCUUCCUAUGUUCGAUGGGGUUGAAGCCAGAUAAAAACAUCGUUCUUACGGUUGAUUUAGCCAUAGAUGGAUAUAAUAGGUUGAAAGGCUCGAGAAAACAAAGAAAGCCAACAUGGAACAUUACUCUCAAAAUGCUGCCACUAACAGUGCUGGAGAGGCAGGGGUUAAUUGGGCUUAACAAUGAGGAGGAUAUUCGAGAACAAGUGAUGCGGGACAUAUCGUCAAUGCCAGCAUUCUCUCAACAAUAUCCAAAUUUCCCAAUUUGUUCUCCUAAUGCCACAAUACGUGCGAGCACGAAUGGGAGUUGUUCAGCAAUGCCAUAUAUACAAGAGGAUGAUGAGGAUAUCCCUGAAGAGUGUGAAUUAUAUGUUGAUAAGAAACUUCAUAUAGUGGCAUAUGCAAAUGUGUAUAAUUUAGGGCCUGCCAUACAUAAUUAG